CGAUCCAACUCACCGCCACCACCCAGCUCCGGCGAUGGACGCGGCGGCGGCACAGGCCGCCGGGGCGGCGGCUCCCCGGGUGGAGCGGCUCAACUCGGAGGUGCAGAACCAGCUGAACCUGGAGGGCAUGCGGGCGCGCGCCGUGGGGCUCUACAAGGCCAUCGCCCGCAUCCUCGAGGACUUCGACGCCAUCGCCCGCGCCAACCCCAACGCCUCCCCCAAGUGGCAGGACGUGCUCGGGCAGUUCUCCAUGGUGAGCAUGGAGCUCUUCAACAUCGUGGAGGACAUCAACAAGGUCAACAAGGGCUUCGUGGUGUACCCCAAGAACGUCAACGCCGAGAACGCCUCAAUACUACCUGUAAUGCUGUCGUCAAAGCUCUUACCUGAGAUGGAAAUUGAGGAAACUACAAAGAGGGAACACUUGUUGGCUGGGAUAACGAACCUACCAGUGCCUUUGCAAAUCGAUAAGUUAAAGACUCGGAUAUCGAUGAUUGGAAGUGCGUGUGAAACUGCUGAGAGAGUAAUUGCUGAGUGCCGCAAGACUUACGGUCUAGGAACCCGCCAGGGGGCAAAUCUUGGUCCUACAUUGGACAAGGUACAAGCUGCAAAGAUACAGGAACAGGAAAGCCAACUUAGAGCGGCUGUAAAUUAUGGUGAAGGACUGCGGGUGCCGGGAGACCACCAAAGGCAGAUGCAUUCUGCUCUUCCUAGUCAUUUGGUUGAAGUGCUUUCUACUGGAGAUGGUGCCCAUAAUUUUGGUGAUAAUUCUGGUGCCUAUCCCAAAAAUACAUCAGGAUUUGCACCUAAUGGUGUCGGCGCACAGGGAAAUCCAAUGCAGGCAUCUGGAGGACUUGGCAGAUCUGCUCCAUCACCUGGAACUGCAGGAACCCCUAAUUUUGAGAAUGUGUCCACUCCUCCAAUGCCGUAUGCUAACUCCCCUAGGUCAGGCACCAAUAUGAUGAAUACACCUUCACCACAACAACAUCUGACACCACAGCAGCAGAGGCAAAAGAUGAUGCAGGCAUCUCAGCAGCAGCAGCAGCUACUAUCUCAACAGCAGCAGCAGCAGCUGAGGCCAACGGUUGCUGGGAUGCUGGCUCAGAGCACAGUUCCUCAGUUACAAGAUUUACAGGGACAGGCUCAACAAAAACCACAGGUUCCUGGCCAACAGCAGAUGCAGUACAGCCAAGCAGCCUUGUCACAGUUACAAAAUAGGCACUUGCAGGCUGCACGCAUGCAACCGGGCAUGGCCCAGAGCCAAUUGAACCAAGGAAAUCAGUUGAGAAGCCAUUUGGGCCAGUUCACUGGUGCUGCAAACAAUGCAAUGUUCACUGCUGCCCAGGCAUCUUCAAAUUCACAAAUGAUGGCAAACCUACCUGGGACAAUGCAAGCGACAAUGCAAUCACAGUCAAUCUUGCCGCAGAUGCAGUUUGGUCUGACUGGUGGGCAUCCUCAGAGGAGUCAUCCAUCCCAAAUGAUGACUGACCAAAUGUAUGGUUUGGGAGGCACAAAUGCCAGCAGCAUGAUGGGAAUGCAGCAGCAGCAACAACAGCAACAGCAGCAGCAAGGGCUGUAUGGGAACAUGCAAGGAGGCGGCCAGAACUUGCAGCAGCAGGGCAUGGUGGGCCUUCAGAACCAGCAGAACCAAAUGCAGAACCAGCAGAACCAAAUGCAGAACCAAAUGCAGAACCAGCUGCAGAAUCAGAUGCAGAACCAGAAUUUCCCCCAGCAGAGACAACAAAACCAGCAAUGAUUCAGGCCAGCUAACAGCAUGCUGCUAAGGCAAGGAACCAGCUCCUGAGCAGAGUCGAGACUGUUGUUCGGCUGGACGAUGUUGCUCUUGUCACAUCUCCUCGGUCUUAUCAACAGUUUGCCAUCAGAUUGCUCACCUCUAGUAGCUCUCCACGCUGGGCAAGUGGCGUAGCCAUGAAAUUACUGUAGAUCGAUAUAGAUGUAUCGAUGUUUGUGGCUUUCGGCUGGAAUAUGUUGCAGUUUAUGAUAUGUGUAAGAUAUGUAUCUGCACGCAUUAUCCGGCCACAGAACUCGGAUCAUGUUUCAGACGGUUGCUUCUAAAUAGAUCCUUGUUGAUUCUUGUUUCCUAAA